GAGGAAAAGCAGGGGGCUAAGAUUAAGAGAGAGUGAGAGAGAGGAGGCAGCGGAAAAAAGGCAGGCAGUUAGGAGGCCAGAGAGGGGGGAAGGAAGAGGUUUCUCUCUGAAUCUCUCCCCUUUACUCUCAUCCCUCCGCCUGCCUGCCUGCCUGCCUGCCUGCCACAUUUCAGCACGAAGGCUCUCAGUUCUUUUCGCUUCUCGUCUGGGUCUGGGGGCGCGCAUUUAGGUCGAAUCGGCUGGGCCCUGGAGAGAGAGAGAGAGAGAGAGAGAGAGAGAGAGAGAGAGAGAGAGAGAGAGAGUGGUUUGCUGGCCGAGGAGUUCAAACGGACCGUCCGUCGUACUCUUUUAUGUCUCACCAACUUUCUAUUCUGUUCACGCUUCUUUCAUUUUGCAUUCCGCUACUCUAUUUCCCAUCGCCACUUGUCGCUUGCUUCCUCUUUCCUGAAAACGGGUGAAUCGAAAAACGAAGAGCGCUCUCUGGGAUCCCCACUGCCCCUUCCCGUUCUCCUAUCUAUCGGUUCCAGAGCGAGCCACGAACGCGCCCUCGAUCCCUUGCUUGCUUCCCUUUCCCCCGUGCGACAUUAAACCGGUGGUGGCGGUACUAAUCGGUGCGGAUCUCGGCCUUCGCUCCGCCGGUCUCGCUCCUGCUGCUGGUGUUGUCGGAGAGGAGACGAGAAGGGGGGAAGGGAUCUCAGCGUCGGCCAGGCGAUAAAGCAAGGACCACGAAAAGAUGCUGCCGCAGAAGCAAGCGGAGGAGGCCAUCGUUGCCAGCUUCAACGAGACGGAGCAGGACGGUAACGGCAAGGAGGAGGGAGAGGAGAGGGCGGAGGAGCCGCAGCCUAUGUUCAGCAUGAAGAGCCUCCUCUGGCACGGCGGUUCCGUCUGGGACGCCUGGUUCAGCUGCGCCUCCAAUCAAGUGGCCCAAGUUCUGCUGACGCUGCCAUACUCGUUCUCGCAGCUGGGGAUGCUGUCCGGCCUGCUGCUGCAGCUGUUCUACGGUUUCAUGGGCAGCUGGACGGCCUACCUUAUCAGUGUCCUCUACGUCGAGUACCGAACCCGCAAGGAGAAGGAGAACGUCAGCUUCAAGAAUCACGUCAUCCAGUGGUUCGAGGUGCUGGAUGGGCUGCUUGGGCCUUACUGGAAAGCCGUCGGUCUGGCCUUCAACUGUACCUUCCUUCUUUUCGGCUCCGUUAUCCAGCUGAUUGCUUGUGCCAGCAACAUAUACUACAUCAACGACCGGCUGGACAAGAGGACGUGGACGUACAUAUUCGGCGCCUGCUGCGCGACCACCGUGUUCAUCCCUUCCUUCCACAACUACCGGAUGUGGUCCUUCCUGGGCCUGGCCAUGACCACCUACACCGCCUGGUACCUCACCGUCGCCGCUCUCGUCAACGGCCAGGUUGAAGGCGCGACGCACUCGGCUCCCACAAAGCUGGUCCUCUACUUCACCGGCGCCACCAACAUACUCUACACUUUCGGCGGCCAUGCCGUCACCGUGGAGAUCAUGCAUGCGAUGUGGAAGCCCCAGAAGUUCAAGUACAUUUACCUGGUGGCGACGCUGUACGUGUUCACGCUGACGCUCCCGUCGGCCGCGGCCAUGUACUGGGCAUUCGGGGACCAGCUGCUGACCCACGCCAACGCCUUCUCGCUUCUUCCCAAGUCGAGGUUCAGGGACGCGGCGGUGAUCCUGAUGCUGAUCCACCAGUUCAUCACGUUCGGAUUUGCUUGCACGCCCCUCUACUUCGUGUGGGAGAAGGUGAUCGGCAUGCAUGGCACGAAGAGCAUCUGCCUGCGCGCGCUGGCCCGUCUCCCCGUGGUUAUCCCCAUCUGGUUCCUGGCCAUCAUCUUCCCCUUCUUCGGGCCCAUCAAUUCCACCGUCGGGGCCCUCCUCGUUAGCUUCACCGUCUACAUCAUCCCCUCCCUCGCCCACAUGCUCACCUAUCGCAAGGCCUCCGCCAGGCAGAACGCCGCGGAGAAGCCGCCCUUCUUCCUACCGAGCUGGACCGCCAUGUACGUGGUGAACGCCUUCGUGGUGGUGUGGGUGCUGGUGGUGGGCUUUGGGCUCGGCGGCUGGGCCAGCAUGGCUAAUUUCAUCGAGCAGGUGGACACCUUUGGGCUCUUCGCCAAGUGCUACCAGUGCCCCAAGGCCCCUGUCGCUGCGCCCGCGCCGCAGAAGCCAGCGAAGCAGCACUGAGCGGCGGCCAAACAAGACCCAUAUAAACCUCCCCUUCAACUUCCUUACUUCUACCAAAAAGUUCUCUGAUUACUCUUUUUGGGCUUUUGUCACCUGUAAUAUACAAAAGAAGGGGGAAGCAACAGAAGUCUGGGUGAUCCUUUCUUCAGUUCUUCGUUAUAUGGUUUCUUCUUCGUCUUCUUGUUUUUUUUUUUUUUUUGCUCCUUUUUAUUGGAUGAUAUAACUUCAAGUUUGAUGGUAUCGUGAUGCUUCCUGUUGCUAUCAAAGCAUAGGUAUAUUAAUAUUAUUUUGGAUCUAGUUUUCUGA